UUGGUCGCUCUGGCGAGGGCGGCGAUUGGCAAGAGGACUCCUGGGGGCGGUCCCUUCGAGCGAAAGAGGAAGACCAUCCAGGAAAAGGCCUCGCAGCGAAGUCCCGCCUCCACUUCCGUGAAGGAAUAGAACUGAGGCGCCCUAAUUGAUUCAUCCACGGGCAGGCCGCGCAGGGAAGUCCUGCCUCCACUUCCGGGAUGAAACGAAACUGAGGCGCCAUAUUGACUCUGCCGCGGACGGGCUCGGAUCCAGGAGGACGGGCGAGCCCGGCGGAGGAAGGAAGGAAGGAAGGAAGGAAGGAAGGAAGGAGGCGCCGCCCGAGAGGAGAGGAGGCCCCGCGGAGCAGCCCCGGGAGGAGACGGCGGGGAAGGCCCGGCAGGGAUGAGCCGUGGGGGACUCCGGGAAAGGAGGCCGCCCGGAGGGAGAAGCGGGGAGCAGGAAACGGGCGGAGACCCCGAGACGGGCCAGGAGGGCGGAGGGUCCUUCGAGACAGGCGGAAGACUUUGGAAACACCACAUAAUCCUGGAGGGAGGAAAGAAAUAUGAAUGCCCGGAAUGUGGAAAAUGCUUCAAAGCAAAUGGAGAUCUUAAAAAGCAUCUAAGAAUCCACACUGGAGAAAAACCACAUAAAUGCCUGGAGUGUGGAAAGAGCUUCAGCCUGAGGGGAAACCUUUAUAAACAUCAAAGGAUCCACACAGGAGAAAAGCUGCAUAAAUGCCUGGAGUGCGGAAAGAGCUUCAGUCAGAGGGGAAGCCUUUAUAGACAUCAAAGAAUUCACACUGGAGAGAAACCGUAUAAAUGCCCGGAGUGCGGAAAGAGCUUCAGUCAGAGGAGCAACCUUUAUGUACAUCAAAGAAUCCAUUCAGGAGAGAAACCAUUUGAAUGCCUGGAAUGCGGAAAGAGCUUUACUGUGGGUGAACAUCUUGAAAGGCAUCUAAGAAUCCACACUGGAGAGAAACCACAUAAAUGCUUGGAAUGUGGAAAGAGCUUCAGUCAGACGAGCAGCAUUUAUGUACAUCAAAGGAUCCAUACAGGAGAAAAACUGCAUAAAUGCCUGGAGUGUGGAAAGAGUUUCAAUCGGAGGAACACCCUUUAUGUACAUCAAAGGAUCCACACAGGAGAAAAACUGUAUAAAUGCCUGGAGUGUGGAAAGAGCUUCAGACAUAGGAGCAACCUUUAUGUACAUCAGAGGAUCCACACAGGAGAAAAACCUCUUAAAUGCCUGGAGUGUGGAAAGAGCUUCAGACAUAGGAGCAGCCUUUAUGUACAUCAAAGGAUCCACACAGGAGAAAAACCACAUAAAUGCCUGGAGUGUGGAAAGAGUUUCAAUCAGAGGAACACCCUUUAUGUACAUCAAAGGAUCCACACAGGAGAAAAACUGUAUAAAUGCCUGGAGUGUGGAAAGAGCUUCAGACAUAGCAGCCUUUAUGUACAUCAAAGGAUCCACACAGGAGAAAAACCGCAUAAAUGCCUGGAGUGUGGAAAGAGUUUCAAUCGGAGGAACACCCUUUAUGUACAUCAAAGGAUCCACACAGGAGAAAAACCUCUUAAAUGCCUGGAGUGUGGAAAGAGCUUCAGACAUAGGAGCAACCUUUAUGUACAUCAAAGGAUCCACACAGGAGAAAAACUGCAUAAAUGCCUGGAGUGCGGAAAGAGUUUCAGUCAGAGCAGCAACCUUUAUGUACAUCAAAGGAUCCACACAGGAGAAAAACCGCAUAAAUGCCUGGAGUGUGGAAAGAGUUUCAGUCAGAGCAGCAACCUUUAUGUACAUCAAAGGAUCCACUCAGGAGAGAGACCUUAUAAAUGUCUGGAAUGUGGAAAGAGCUUUGAUCGGAGGUCCAGCCUUUAUGUACAUCAAAGAAUCCAUUCAGGAGAGAAACCAUAUAAAUGCCUCCAGUGUGGAAAGAGCUUUACUGAAAGUGGAGGUCUCUGUAAACAUCAAAGAAUUCACACAGGAGAAAAGAAAUAUCAGUGCCCGGAAUGUGGAAAAUCCUUCAAAAUAAAAGGAAAUCUAGAAAACCAUCUAAGAAUCCACACAGGAGAAAAACCACAUAAAUGCCUUGAAUGUGGAAAGAGUUUCAGUCAGAGGAGCAACCUUUAUGUACAUCAAAGGAUCCACACAGGAGAAAAACCACAUAAAUGCCUUCAGUGUGCAAAAAGCUUUAUUGUCAGGAGCAGCCUUUAUAGUCAUCAAAGGAUCCACACAGGAGAAAAACCGUAUAAAUGCCUGGAGUGUGGAAAGAGCUUCAGUCAGAGCAGCAACCUUUAUGUACAUCAAAGAAUCCAUUCAGGAGAAAAACCAUAUGAAUGCCUGGAGUGUGGAAAGAGUUUCAGUCACAGGCGCAAGCUUUAUUUACAUCAAAGGAUCCACUCAGGAGAAAAACCACAUAAAUGCCUGGAGUGUGGAAAGAGCUUCAGUCAGAAGGGAAACCUUUAUGUACAUCAAAGGAUCCACACUGGAGAAAAACCAUAUGAAUGCCUGGAGUGUGGAAAGAGCUUUACCGUGGAUGGACAUCUCCGUAGACAUCAAAUGAUUCACACAGGAGAAAAACCAUAUAAAUGCCUGGAGUGUGGAAAGAGCUUCAGUCGGAAGAGCAGCCUUUAUAGACAUCAAAGAAUCCAUUCAGGAGAAAAACCGUAUGAAUGCCUGGAGUGUGGAAAGAGCUUUUCUGAUGGUGGAUACCUCCGUAAUCAUCAAAGGAUCCACACUGGAGAGAAACCUUAUGAGUGCUUUGAGUGUGGACAGAGCUUUAGUCAUAGGACCACCUUUAAUAUUCAUCAAAGAAUCCACACAGGAGAAAAACUGCAUAAAUGCCUGGAGUGUGGAAAGAGUUUCCGUCAGAGGAGCAAGCUUUAUGUACAUCAAAGGAUCCAUACAGGAGAAAAAAUGCAUAAAUGCCUGGAGUGUGGAAAGAGUUUCAGUCAGAGGAGCCACCUUUAUGUACAUCAAAGGAUCCAUACAGGAGAAAAACCAUAUAAAUGCCUCCAGUGUGGAAAGAGUUUCAGUCGGAGGAGCAGCCUUUAUGUACAUCAAAAGAUCCACACAGGAGAAAAACUGCAUAAAUGCCUCCAGUGUGGAAAGAGCUUUACUGAAAGGGGAAAUCUUCAUAAACAUCAAAGAAUUCACACAGGAGAAACCCUAUGAAAGCCUGGAAUGUGGAAGGAGCUUCAGCAGGCCAGGAACUACUUAUAAUCAAAGGAUCCAUCUAGGAGAAAAACCCUAUGUCUGGAGUUUGGAAGGUGUGAACAUGAGUGUGUAAUAUAUUCUCAUCCGAAACACUCAAGAGCAAGUAAACUUACCGACAGCACCAUUUUACUCUUCGCUUUAUUGCUACUCUCUGUUUAAUGAUUCUGCUGUUCUGUCAUGCCUAAUAGUUGAAUUUGAAUAAUUUUACACACUUUUCAAGGGGUACGUAAUCUCCUGAGUACAAGUGUAUUCAACUCCACAAACUCGUAUCAUAAUUUCUUCUAAUUAGUGAGAUUUCAUUUUGAGAUUCAGAAGUUGCUACUGGAAUGUUCUGAAGAAACUUUCUAAUUUCCAUCGUGCCCACGGUUCUUUUCCAUGGGCCUGGAAAUCAGAGCGCUCUCUCCUGGGUUAAUUCUUCCCUUGAAAUAAGACUCUCGCCCCUUCUGUACCUUUUGGCCCAGUCCCUCCUUCCACACAGAGAACAAACUGCACUCUUGGUUAUUAAUGAGCCAAUUCUCCCUUUUCUCUCCUUUUUGUCUUCCACCUGAUCCUCAGUGCUACCUUUGCUCUCUGCUUAGCAAUUCAAGUUAUGCCAGCCGUAACCUUUGCCUCCAGUGAAGACCUCUGUGUUGCACUUUCUUGUAACUUUAAUAACGAUAACCUUGUAAUAUAGAAGGUUUCUGCCUUAGCAUCCAGGUGCUUGUAACUUUCUAGCUGCAAAACAAGGGACUCUCUCAGGCUGAAUAGCAAAGGACUUUUUCAAUUGUACAUGCUAGAGGUUUCACUGGCCAAAAUUGUAUCUUUUCUCAACAGAUUUAAGUGGCUCAAGAUGCCUUUUCCCAUGGGAACUUUCUCCUUUUAAUACAGUGGUUUUAAAUGGUUAUGUUACUAUGGGAUGUUUCACUUACUGUCCAUGUUUCUGAAUGUAACAAGAUUUCUUCCAU